GUUUUAACGACUCGCGAACGAAUGCUAAAACUAUUUUGAAGGUAUUUUCUGUUUUUAUGAUAAUCUUUUAAGUUUUUUGAUUCAAUAAAGUUUUACCAAAUUACUUUUAUUAAUCAAAAAACAAUUUUAUACAAACGUUUUUAAAUAUUGUAAAUUUUCAUGUUGAAAUCACACCAAAACAUAACAUUCAUACAAAAAGCAAAUUGAUUAUUGAACGAACAAAUCCAAACUCUAUUGUUUCAUUUAUGAGCUAAUGUUUGACAAAAAUUUUACUCCCAGAAAAUUGUAAAAAAUUUAGCUAUUUAAAAAGAACAUUUGCCUCUAAAUUUUUUGGAACAUUUGCUUCUGUAUCAGCUCUAACUUUAACGAUACCUCUUUUCACGUACGUCUACAAUAAUUCCUACUAUGUCAGCAACAGCCACUACUGCUGUCACCACAGCUUCUACGUCUGCUGCAGCAACCAGUGCUGCUACAUCUACUACAACACUUACAGUUUCAACAACUGCUACAACUACAACGGCUGCUGCGUCUGUCACAGUCGUUACGUCUACUACAACUGCCACAGCUAAUUUUUUAACCGUCGGUACUUUUGCGUCAGCUGCUACUGGGAAUCGAAGUAGUGGUUCGGCAGAUGAAGACAUCGAAAACAUGGCCGAUUAUCUCGAUUCAAACUUUGAUUCUUCUUUUGAACGUUCUCGAAGAAGUGAUGAUUCAACGGUCCAGCUGAACCCCGGAAAUGUAUUUAGAGUCGGCAAAAGUGUGUAUAAAUAUAUAGGACCCCAAUAUAGAGGACCGGUUAUCUUAGGACAACAAGAUGAAGCAACGAACUACCGUAGUAUGGUACUUGGAAGAUACCACAGUGAUAGAAACCCAUAUGGAACAGCCGACAGCUGCAGACCGUCAGAUAGAGCAGCCGAAAGUUCAAGACCUCAAUACAAAGGAGCGAUUCACCCCGGACCACCAGCCGAAACAAUGUUCCGCAGUGGUACGGACGCAUAUGGGGCAGCCGAAAGUAGCAGGCCUCCAUAUAGAGAAGAGGUUUACUGCAGACCGCAAGAUGAAGUCGCGGGCUACUCUAGAAGGCCACUUGGAGUGGCCCACAGUGAUACAACGCAGUAUGGAGCAAUCGCCAGUUGCUCUCGAUGGUUUCGUAGAAUAACAAAUAGAAGUCCAGCUCCCGAAUCUCACUUUCCAAAACCGCCAGUGAUGACAAAACAAGUAGCUCGUUUAGCAGCAGAAGCUCGCAAGCUACAAAAAAAACGCGCUGCCAUUGCUGCCAGAAAUGCCCCAGUAAUUCCUGAGCCUGAUAGCAAUAUAAUUUGUGAACCACGCAGAGGCCUGGCUAGUGCGGGUAGAUUUGAUGACCCCGAUCCAAUUAUUAGAGUGUCAAAUGUACCGACCCGUUGGACUCUGGUGAAAAGACAUUUGAGAAGGAACAAACUGAUUUAUAUGGGACUCAUCAUUACGCUUUUAGGAAUUAGUUUAUUGAUGUUGUUUGCUUACAUAGCAUAUAAGUACCAUGGUAGCAGGAUGACAACAACAACAGCAGCAACAACAACAACUAUGAUAACAACAGCAGCACAACAACAGCAACAACUAAUGUAUCAUAUUUUGGAAAAUUUUCCGACAAUGUCUAGUUUCUGAAUGAAUAAUAUGUGUGGGUCAUACAUAUCCAAUUAUUUUUACCAUGUAAUUAAUUUUGAGUGCAAUUUGUAAAUAUAGUGAAACGAUUUAUUUGAAAAUAGAUUUAAAUUUUUAUUUAUUGAAAUGUAAAUUAAUUUGAUUUAUUCCACAAUCCAUUUCUCCAGUGUGUUUUAUUUUUGUAUAUAUAAAUAUACAAACAUUAAUAUAUAUGUUAAUGAAUUUUAUUGACCGAAUUUUAAAUUUUUACUAUUUAAUGAUUGAAAAAUAUUUUAAAUUUAUUAAAAUGUAAAUUUAAGAUAUUUAUAUAUGCCAUUUAUUUGGUCUAAACCAGUACUGAUAUGAAAUUUUUCAUAAAUGUUCCAUUAUAUCAUAAAUAGUUUUAUAAUAAAAGGUUCUCUUAGCUUAAUUUAAUUAGAUGAAUAGUUAAAAAUUAAUGAAUUUAUAUGAAAAAUUGUACAUUCGAUACUUGGAAAUUGAAAUAAUUUUCUAAUGAGAGUAACUGUGUGUACGUGAGUUUAUAUUAUAGUGUAUAUUUCUAAAUGUAUGAUGAAGCUUGAAUGCUCUAUUCUAAUGUUUAUCUAGAAUAAUGUGAUGAAUUUUAUCUUAAAAAAUUUAAAGUAUGUACCAAACAUUUGAUGCGAAUUAAUAAAUGUAUGACAAUAUAUAUGU